CUAAGAUCGGUAGUAGACUAGUGAUGUCUAACCGGAGCCAAAAUGGCAGCGUUGUUAUAUUUUCAAACAUCAUCUGUACUCAAACGACUUUUUCAACCAGACGUCUAAUCAUUUUCGCAACGUAAUAUUUUCACUAUUUUUCAUAUGUACGUUCGUUUUGAGCAUGUUUCUUUUAUGUGGUCGCUGAACAAGAGAACAGCGGGUCCGUGAAUGACAUAAGACCCGGCCCGUUCAGUCUAGUGUUUUCCACCCCGUCUGCAUUGUCGACAAUGAGAGCUCUCCUACAAUAGUUGUUGCAAAUGAAAAUGGAGGAUAUGUCUCUGUCAGGCCUGGAUAACACCAAGCUAGAGGCCUUGGCUCAUGACGUUUACUCUGACCUAGUGGAAGAUGCCUGUUUAGGGCUGUGCUUUGAGGUGCACAGGGCGGUCAAACAGGGUUAUUUCUUCCUGGAUGAAACGGACCAAGAAAGCAUGAAGGAUUUCGAAAUAGUGGACCAGCCUGGUGUGGACAUUUUUGGGCAGGUGUUCAACCAGUGGAAGAAUAAGGAGUGUGUGUGUCCAAACUGCAGCCGGAGUAUUGCGGCCUCUCGCUUUGCUCCUCAUCUGGAGAAAUGUCUCGGCAUGGGCCGCAACAGCAGCCGAAUAGCCAAUCGCAGAAUAGCCAGCAGCAACAACACAAGCAAGUCAGAAAGCGACCAGGAAGACAAUGAUGAUAUCAAUGACAAUGACUGGUCCUAUGGUUCAGAAAAGAAAGCCAAGAAGAGAAAGUCAGAAAAGAAUCCAAACUCUCCCAGGAGAUCCAAAUCUCUGAAGCACAAGAAUGGAGAGCUCAGCAGUAAUGUAAAUCCAGAUCUGUAUAAGUAUAACUACAGUUCUGGCAUUAGUUAUGAGACUUUGGGACCCGAGGAGCUGCGCUCCAUACUGACUACGCAAUGUGGUGUCGUAUCAGAGCACACAAAGAAGAUGUGUACACGGUCCCAGCGGUGUCCCCAGCACACGGACGAACAGAGGAGGGCAGUCAGGGUCUUCCUCCUUGGGCCGUCCGCGUCGACGCUACCUGACUCUGAUACAGUGCUGGAAAACGAUGGCUAUGAUGCCCCUGAUGGCCAGCUCAUCAUGUCUCGCCUCCAGUGGGACGGCUCCUCUGAUAUCUCACCGUCAGACUCGGCAUCAUCAAAAGCCAUCUUGUUUUCAGGCACCAAUAACUCUGAAUCUAAGAGACCUAAGAAAAAGAAGAAGCCCAGCACGCUGUCUUUGACUACCACUGGAGGUGGAGGAGAACGGGACAAAGGGCCGGAACGAGAGAGAGGAGGAGACAGAGAGAGAGUAGUAGGCGGCGGGAGCAGUAGCAGCAGCUCCCAGAAUGCACUGAGCCUGUCCAGUCGAAAAAAGCGACCAAAACUGCCACUUCCCCCAGCCCCUAGCAUCUACGAUGACCUGAACUAAGGAACUCGCAAACACUUGCACAGAGUUUGUAAUCAUGACUAACUUUAAUGAGUACUUACGUGAUUCUCCAUUUCAAGGUAUAUGAAUGCGAUUAGACUAACUCUUUCUGUUGAAUGUGUGUGUGUAUGAGAGGAAAGGUCUGGGCGCCAUUUCAGACAUUCGUAUCUGAGGCAUAAGAGAGCACAUUUGUUACAGCACAGUGUUGCACAGUGAAAAGUGAGUGGUUUUGUGACUUAAAUGUGGUUUUUGUAUGUGGAUCAAGAAUUUUAUUUUACUAUGCAGUUCACUGUCAUUGUGUUAUUGCAUACUCUUGUGUGUUUGUGUGUGUGUAUGUGUAUACAUGAGAUUUGGGUUUACAGUGACACAUGAAAAUGUGCCAUGGUGUGAAUGCUAGACAGACUGUUUGUAUGUGAAUGGGAUGUUGCAAAUAUUUUGUUCCCUGGUGGCUCAUGUAAUACAGUAGGUUAAUCUGUGCAAUGUCCUCUACUGGUUUUAAGGGGUGUUUUUUCUUCAUAUCCUCUUGCUAAUGUUACUGCAAUCUGUUGAUCUCUUUUCAGCUGCUUUCUGCAAGCAAAUCUACUACUCUUACUCGUACAUGUCUUGCUAAAUAACGGACUUGCGUAGCGCUACCGACAGCUUUCUGCCAAAUCUGUGGAUACACAAUCUUUUGCCUUUAGUGUUUUUAAGUUAAUAUUUCAUGUCUAUUUAUUUAAGCUUCCGUGUCAAUAUUUUUAUUUUUAUUUUUUUAUAAUCAUGGCUUUUUGACUCCUUGAUCUGUACCGUAUGCAUUUUUUCGGAUUACAGAGUUUUAAUGGCUGAAGAGUUUGGUGAGCCUUAGAGCACUUACUUUGUUAGAUAUCAGCUUGUUUUGUAUAAAAUAUGUUUGGUAAAAAAAAUCUGAAAUGCAAAUAGUAAUUGAAAAUGCACUUGGAUAAAGUCCAGCCCGUUUAGGCGCCUUUUUUUUGUGAAAUUUUAUUUUUGUCAGAGCUGUCUUUUGUGAAUUCUGUUGCUUGAAGUUUAAAUGACCAGAGAGUUUCUCUGAGUGUGAAUUGAAAUGUCUGCAUGAUGGAGGAAAAAAAACAAAUACAUGGUACACCUUACGAUAAACCAUUGUUGUGGGUGGAUGUUUCUUCUGUGAUGCUCAGUUAUUGCUCUGGCUCUCAAUGGACUGUUGUAUCUCUGUAAUAGUCUAAAUAAAUAUUUCUCAGGAUUA